UAUGUAUUUGUUAAGUUGUUAGGGCAGCGCAUUUGCGAUUCGUUACGGCCCGAAGCUGAAACAGAGUUAACAACCGUAAAGCGUAGAGGAGACAUAGCGCAACAGCCCGUCAGGCGGGCAGCGGAAGCUUAACAUCCGGAUAAUAGUCGCUUGUGCAGCAGCGCGUCGGCCGGUGAGUUCUUCUUCUUGUUUAGAGCAAAGCCUGUCUGCCUGAGCCCUGCCUACGCUCUCCAGCUCACUGGCUCUCCCUCUCUCGCUCCUCCCCCCCCCCCCCUCUCUCUCGCUCUCGCACAGUCUGUCUCUCUAUCUCUGUUGAUUGUUCGCUUUUCGUUGCGCCUUCGCCGCAGCCAAAAGGCACGUAAACUGGUUGCGUCGCCGUCGUCGUCGUCGUCGUCGUUGUCUUCGCCGUUGUUGCCCGUACGCCGUUGUCGUCGUCGUGGUCGGCGUGGCGUGCCCGUAGUUUUUUCUGUUGUUUUUUUUUUGUUGUCUGUUUUCUGUGCUGCGCUCUUUUAGUCUUGGUGUAGCGCUUGAGCUGCGCGAGUCGGACCUUUACACGGAUCAAGCAACAACCUCAGCCGUCAUCAUAGUCAUCAUCAUCAUCAUCAACAUCAUCAUGAGCAUGGAGCUGGCCUACAAUGCGUCAUCGGCAUCAACCUCGCCGCCCGUCUCCUUUGGCUUCACCAACACCGCCAAGCUGCCCAUCGAGACGGUGAAGCGUCUCAUUGCCGCCGUUUCACGUCGUCCAGUUCUCUGGUUGCGAAACAAUGCGAGCGGCCAAAAGCGCAGCGAUAUUACGCCCAUUUGGUUUGAUGUCGGCAAGGAUGUUAAUUUGCCAGCUGACGUGUGCCGUGUGAAGUGGGGACACCUGCGCGACAAUUUCCGCAAGGUGUACAUACGAAACAAUCUGUCAAACGAGUCGCCUUCCUCGUGGCGCUUCUACAAUGAUAUGCGCUUCAUGGAGCAUGCGGUCCAUGAGAACAUCUUGAGGCAGGCGCGCACGCGCGGCAACAGCAAGAAGCAUCCGCCGGGACAUUGGACGGAGAACAACAAUCUGAUACUGGACGAUGGCGGUAAAUAUGAUGAGCCCAUUGUGGCCACCGAGCCCAUCUGUGAGCUGAGCGACAGCUACGACUCGGAGCUGCAUCAGCCCAGUUUCUCGGACAUCAGCUCGUUCUUUGAGGACCGGGACUGCAAGCGGGUGAAGCUGGAGCUGAGCAACGGCGAUGCGCAUAGCCAGCGGGAUGAGGAGCUCAAUGAUGAUGAUUUCGACGAGGAUGCCGCGUCCGAGAACGAAGAGGAGCACCAUAAACAUGGCACACCCGAUCCCAGUGUCUUUACCAUCGAAGUGCUGGACGAUGAUGAGGAAAUGGCGCAGCCCAUGUCCAAAAACAAAUCGAGCCCGUCCAAUGGCAGCAUCAAAAGCGAGGCGGAUGUUAAGCCACAAUCGCAGCCGGGCUCCAACGAUUUGCCCUUCAAGUACAUCAGCAUGGAUGCGUCCACCAAUACGGAACCAAAUGGCGCGGAUGCGCAGGACGAUGCGGAUCGCAUGUUUCUGCUCAGCCUGAUGCCAUUCCUGCAGCGCUUGGAUGAGCGUCGCAAGCUGCGCGUCCGCCAGAAACUGCAAAACGUACUGAUUGAGGAACUGGAGUUUGGCUGAUGGAUCGCCGAACCGAUAUAUGCCUAGUUAUACAAUAUAAAUAUAGUACAUUAUAAGCUUAGCUUACAGUAUUAAAAUACAUAAGUAUGCGACUGAAAUCACACACAAACACACAUUACAUAGAAUGUAAUCAGUUAUUCACCUAGAGAAAAUAUAAGACAGUACAGUAAAAACUCUACUAACGAACAGCUGA